AUGAUACCGGCCUCAGCCGAACCGGAGAGACAUGAAGAAAAAGGAGCAGACGUUGAGGACAAUUACGGUGUCCCGAUAUCAUUAAUAGCUCCCAACUACACCGACGCCACCAAAUUGACGGUCGAAGAGUUGGAGCAACUUACUAAUCGAGCACCUAUCAGAUCGAAAGUGGAAGGAACAGCUGAGGGACUAGGUCCCUACCAUUUCCCGAGGAGACUACCAUUUGUUCCUACCAAAAACCUUGGCGACCCACCAGUAGCCAUUCCCAAGACAAGGAAAGAAUUCAACGAUGCAGAUAGAAAAGCCGUAGAGAAGAACUUUCGUGCUAAGAAAAUUCUGGUGUGUGGUAUUGGACCUGAUGAAUACAACAAGAUAUUAGCAUGUCAAUCAGACAAAGAAAUCUGGGAAGCCCUUCAGACAGCUCACGAAGGAACAACACAGGUCAAGCAAUUCAAAAUCGACAUGCUCACAACUGAAUACGAGCUUUUCAGGAUGCAAGACGAUGAAUCCGUCCAAGAAAUGCAUACACGGUUCACCUCCAUCAUUAAUGAGCUUCACUCCCUUGCUGAAACUAUUCCAAGGAACAAGCUGGUUAAAAAGAUCCUAAGCAUGCUACCCAGUUCUUGGCAAAGCAAAGUGAACGCCAUUACAGAGGCGAAGGACUUUCAGGAGCUAACUAUUGAUGAGCUUGAUCAGUACAAGAACAACUCUGACAAAGCAGCCAAAAGGAACCCAGUUCCUAACAGACGCUUCAAUAGAAAAAACGCCGCUGAUAAUGUCGUGAAACAAGCUCUUGCUGCAUGGGGAGAUUCUUCAAGAAAAUCUGGAGAAGACGAUGAAACAGGUAACAGCUCUAUGAUGGCAGUAGAAAGUGAAUCAACCAAGGAAACAGACAGGGGAUUGGGUUUCAAAGGGAAAAGAUUCCUUACGACCCUCAUUGCAAGUACAUUAUUGUACCUGACAAUUGGCUUUGCAACCACUGCGGUAACAAUGGGCACCUUAAAGAAAACUGUUAGGUCAGAUGGAACAUUGAAAGGAAGCAGCCAACAAUGGUACAUGGAUAGUGGCUACUCAAGGCAUAUAACUGGAAGUACAAAUGAUUUCCUUUCACUAAAGUCCCUGCAAGGAGGGAAUGUAUCCUUUGGGAAUGGCAAGAAGGGAUACAUUCUAGGAGUUGGAAGGAUUGGGAAGUCUCUCUCUCACUCAAUCGAAAAUGUGUACUACGUGAACGGAUUGAAGACUAAGGAUGAAACCUUCGAAGUGUUUGUUGCCUUUGUCAAAAAGAUCCAAGUGAAGAUGGGUAAUAAAGUAGCCUGCAUCAGGUCUAAUCAUGGGACGGAGUUUGACAAUGUCAAGUUUGAUGAGUUCUGCACUGGAAAUGGCAUCACUCAUAAUGGUGUUGUAGAGAGGAAGAAUAGUACUCUUGAAGACAUGGCAAGAACAAUGCUAAUUGACAGCGGGAUCACAAGUAUUUCUGGGCAGAAGCUGUCAAUACUGCGUGCUACUUGGUGUAAAUGCUUUGUACAUAACAAUGGAAAGGAAUCUCUUGGGAAGUUCGAUGCCAAAAGUGAUGAAGGAAUCUUUCUGGAAUACUCAUCUCAAAGCAAAACUUACAAGGACAGACAUGUCGAUCAAGAUGGAGAGCCUUUAUCUGUGCCAGGUGAAGUAAUUGACAUGGUAAAUGGAAAGGCAGACAUGAUGAGCCAUGUCAAGGAAUCCAGUGAAGAAGAUGCAAAUACAUCUCCAUCAAUUGGAGAGGAACCUGGUCCCCCGAUUAUAACAACUGAAGCUGAAAACAGAGUUGUUGAUGAAGUCCAAGGAACUCCACUCUGUGAAGUAAGAAGCAAUCAAGAAUACCAGUCAGAUAUGCCUGGUUCCUCUACCAAUGAGACUCAGGCACCAAAUUGGAGGUUCAAAAAGCCCAAAAAUAUAAAAGAAGCGCUGAAAGAUGUAGACUCGAUCACAGCUAUGCAAGAGGAGUUGCAUCAAUUUGAAAAGAAUAAGCCUCCUGGUUUUGAGUGUAACGAACACCCUGAUCAUGUGUUUAAACUAGAUAAGGCAUUGUACGGGUUAAAACAGGCUCCCAAGGUUUGGUAUGAAAGGCUGUCAAAAUUCCUUCUGGAAUAUGGCUUUGCAAGAGGGAAGAUUGACAACACUCUUUUUCUAAAGAAACGAGGGAGGAACCUACUCAUUGUUCAGGUGUAUAUUGAUGAUAUCAUCUUUGGAGCCACACCUGACUCUCUCUGCGAAGAAUUUGCUAAACUCAUUGGGAGUGAAUUGGAGAUUAGUAUGAUAGGAGAACUGAAUUUCUUCCUAGGACUUCAAGUGAAACAAUCUAAGAAGGGAACAUUGAUAAGUCAGCAAAAGCACAUCAAGGAGUUGCUGAAAAGGUUUGAUAUGGAAGCCUUAAAAGUUAUCGACACUCCCAGUGCAAAAGGUACUCGUCUAGACAUGGAUAAACCUGGUUCCCCUGUAAACCAGACCAUGUAUAGAGGGAUCAUAGGGUCACUAUUGUAUCUCACUGCAAGCAGAUCAUACAUUGUUUUUAGUGUGGGUCUCUAUGCAAGGAAAAUCAUGUCUGGGAUGGCACACUUCCUGGGUUCUUGCUUAAUCUCAUGGGGUACAAGGAAGCAGAAUUCUGUGGCACUUUCAACUGCCGAAGCUGAAUAUGUAGACACGCUUGAUGAUUACAGAGCAAAUAAGCAUUUGAGGUUGUAUACAUUGGUAAAAAGGGCAAAGCUUACAGACAAGAGAUCAGUCAGGGAACCUGGUUCUCCUGACACAAGUUAG